AUGGCAGCCAACAAUAUGGACCGAGAGCAACUCCAAUUGGAGGCGGGGCUUCUCACCAAGGGCGGGUAUGAAGAUAAGACCCCAGCCCAACCUUCCAAUAUCGGCAGCACCACGCCAAGAAAAAGCUCCCUAUCUUUAUGGAAGCUUGCUUUAAUUGCCUUUGGGAUCUACGGGCUUGUCUACAUGACGACGGCCAAGGUUUGGCCAAACCGCAAGCCUUGCAUGCACAACGCGAUGGGGUCUCUCGUUCACGGAUCGGAGGAAACUACCCAGGACCAGGUCGAGGAGUCUGCCGUCAUUCCUCAGGGGCUGGAUGAAAAGAAAUUCGACUUCAAAACCGACGUCAAAACCUCCAUAGAACGCAUUAUUGAGAAGCGCCAGGCUACUGCGUCUACACCGAACUCGGCUGCCUCUUCACAGCAAAACACCGAGACCAGCCAAGCUGCUCCCUCCACCUCACAACAACCUACCUCCUCCGCUCAGCCUACGUCAGCCGCACCCACCAGCUCGGAGAGGCCCGUGACCACUACUCAACAACCCACCUCCUCUGCCCAGCCUACAACAUCCCAGAGACCGUCAGAAAAUUCGUCUUCAAGCCAAGCUCCCACCUCCUCAGUUAGGCCCACAACGUCUGCCAGCCAGGCUACAAGUAGCAACCCGCAGUCGAGCCAGCAGACCUCGAGCGCGCAACAGACCUCGAGUGCACAACAGACUUCCCAAUCGCAGUCUGCGUCCAGCACCUCCAGACAAGCAACGACCUCAGUUGGUACGUCAACUACCGCGAGGGGAUCUUCUUCCCUCCCAUCUUCUUCCCUUACUACUGCUCCGGCAACUUCGUCUACUGCAACAAGUACGUCAAAGGCCGUUGAAACCUCCUCUUCUUCUUCCUCCCCGUUCACUACUACCUCUGGAACCUCGUCCCAAACGGGUUCAUCAACAGCAUUGAAAACUACUGCUGCUUCAAGUUCUGCCACCACGUCAGAGGAGAUAUCUACUACAUCCUCCAGCUCUUCACGUCAAGUCAGCUCGAGCCCAGUUCCCCAGACAUUUACCCGCACUUUGGCGAGCGGAGGCGUCACCGUUGUGACCUCGACGUCUUGGGUCGAAGUCGUCCCGGCAUCCGGCACUCCCAACUCUGACAACAACCCCGACCUGCAGGGCAUGGCUGGCCGGGUACCUCUCAGCAUUGCCAUGUCUCUGGCCACCGCCUUCUUCGCCGGUUUCUUAUUGGUAUAA